AUGACUCUCUCAAAUGAGCACCAUCAAAAGAAUGGACAACAACAACUUCGAAACAGUGAUGGCGCAGUGGAGACGGUAAACCCCCAAAAGAUAAAAUUAGUUACCAAACUACUCAUUGAUAAUAAAUUUGGAUUAAUGGACGACUUGAAUUUCAGUAGGCCCCUAACUGCUUCUUCUGAAGGUGUACCAAUAUCAACGAAGACAUCUGAAUUAGGAACAGAGUAUAUCAAAAAUCGACAAGAAAAUUCAGUAAGUCCCAUGCCUCCCAUACCAAGAAGUACAAGAAUAAAAGCGGAUAGGGUGAGAAUAUACCUGGACUACUACUAUAGUAUACUGGAACGUUGCAUCUCAAUUGAUAGUUCCCAAAACCAUCAUGAAGGUGUUGAAGGAGUGUACAACCCAUUACAAGUCAUUAGAAAUCGAAAAUUAAAAAAAAAGCACCAUGAAUUGCCUACGAGAGAGUUUUACACUACAAAGCAUCCUAUAAUUGCCAUUAAACAGUUUUCUAGGAAGCCUAAUAAGAAAAUGCCAUGGUUUGUAGAUAUAAACGAGAAAUAUAUGGAUUUGACUUGGAGAACUUCGCACUGGGAGGAAUUAGUGAACCCUCAAGGCAAGCUUUGGUUUCGUUCUUAUAACCGCUCUUCCGAAUCGAGCGGAUCAUCGUCCUCUCAUCGACAUCGCAACCAUCAUAUUCGUCAUAGAAGCCGUCUGAGUCAUCACUCGAAAGUCCGCACAGCCAAUUCAGUUCAUUCAAAUGCUCAAUCAUUGACACCGAAAAGGGUUGUGACCAAUGAAGAGGAUCUGAGUAAUCAUAACGGCAAUAGCACGAUAAUGAGGACUGCAACUACUCCAGACGCACAGAUUGCAAAAAACAAGAAAUCGGAUUUGAAUUUAAGUCAUAUUCACUUGGAAGUACCGAUGACUAAUACAGUCACAAACACCUCAUCAGAUCAAGGAUCCUUAAUCAUUGAAGUUAAAGGCAGCAGUGGCGGAAGUACCAGUGGAAAAAGAAACUCCAAACACUAUCGCUCAAAAUCAGCAAGCUCUUCAGAAAACGAGAAAUCAAGAAAGAACGGUCUUGAAAAAAUCAUUAGUAAGACAUCAAGGGGAUGGUCAAGAUCACCCAAGAAAACUACGCCUGCCCUCGAAAAGCAGGUCCUUUUGACGCCCGCUAUAAGCAAUGAACCCGCCAGUAGACGGAGCAGCAAUAACGGGGCCAGUAUUAGUACCAACAGUAGUAAGAGUAGUAUCGGUAUUACGUUCGGAAAUGGGGAAACUUACAAAACACCGGUUGAUAACGGAAAAGACGCCAUAAUACGGCAAAGUUUACUAAGUGAGGUGCCGGUUCAUACCUUGAGGGGGAAAAGCAGCACUAACUCAUUACGAGGAGAAAAUGGAGAGGUUCAUGAGAGUGAUCAGGAAAUUUCAAAUGGCGUUGGCAGCAUUUACGAGGGUGUGCCCAGGGAGAGGACUACUAGUGGGAAUAGCGAGCACGUGGGGAUGUUGAAAGACACUUUGCAGGUAGACGAACAAUUGCAAAGGUACUGGCAUGAUACCAGGUAUAUUAUGAGUACUGUAGCUAUGAUGCAGCAUAGAAGAGAGACACAUGACAUAGUGAAGAGGAGAGAAAUUGUCCGUAGGAACGAAAUUGAGAUCACACAAGACGCAGAUACAAACAUCCAGAAGACUGCGGAUGCAUUGGCCAAAUACGAUAAUGAACUGAACAAAGUUUUGAAGUUAGGUAAUGAUUGGACAUCAAAACUUUUGAAUGACUAUUCAAUCCGUGUAGAAACGCUGAUUUCAUCAAGUGACAGGAUUCUUAGUGAUAUAAACACAACACUGACGUUGAAGUUGAAACUGUUCCAAGAAAACACGGAAAGGUAUGUCACAGUGAAAGUGAUGAGAGCCCAAAAGAUGACCAAGACCAUAUAUCGAUUAUUAGAAUUUGGUAUCGUUUUGGUCCUUUGGACAAUUUGGUUUUUUUUCAGUAUCUUGAGGAGUGUUCGAUUCAUCAUUUGUUUAGUCUUAAAAAUAAUCCAAGCAUUGCUGUGGUAG